AUGGAGCGCCACAAAAAGACCGUCUCCAAAAUCGCUGCCGCCGUGCGGUCUUUCUUUGACCGCAAGGAGCCCUACCGCAUCUUUCAUGGCUCAACCAACAGCACCCGCCCCUUUCGCCGGGAUCGCUUCGUCGAUAUCAGCGCUCUCGGCAAUGUCCUCGAGGUCAACAAAGCUCGACGCACCGCUCUGGUCGAGCCUAACGUCCCUAUGGACCGUCUCGUCGAGAGUACACUCCGCCAUGGACUGAUUCCCCCUGUCGUAAUGGAGUUUCCGGGUAUCACGGCUGGGGGAGGUUACGCUGGCACCGCGGGCGAGAGCUCCAGCUUCAAACAUGGCUUCUUUGACGACACCAUCAACGAAAUUGAGCUGGUAUUGGCCAAUGGCGAGGUUGUCCGUGCCAACCGCAACGAGAAGGCUGAUCUCUUCCGCGGUGCCGCCGGAGCCGUUGGCACUCUGGGCGUCACCACCAUGAUUGAGCUUCAACUUAUGGAGGCCAAGAAGUUUGUCAAAACAACUUAUCGUCGCACUCACAGCGUCGCCGAGGCUAUCGAAACGGUGCAGGCUGAGACGCUGAAGCCGGAGAACGACUACGUUGACGGCAUCCUCUUCUCCAAGGACCAUGGUGUAAUCAUUACUGGCGAAUUGACUGACGAAAUCCCUGCCGAUAGCAAGCCGCAGACCUUUAGCGGAGCUUGGGAUCCCUGGUUUUAUCUCCAUGUCAAGGACCGCACAGUUGGAGUCUCCUCUGAUUCCAUUGAUGGCGUUGCCCCUGUUGUUGACUGGGUGCCAUUGGCCGAGUAUCUCUUCCGCUACGACCGGGCGGGUUUCUGGGUCGGCGCCGCGGCCUUCGAUUACUUCAAAUUUGUCCCUUUCACGCGCUUCACACGCUGGUUCCUUGACGACUUUUUGCACACGCGCAUGCUCUACCGCGCUCUACAUGGCAGCGGCGAGUCGGCUCGCUUCGUUGUCCAGGAUCUGGGGCUUCCCUACAACAAUGCCGAGCGCUUCGUUGACUACACAGCUGAGAACUUUGACAUCUGGCCGCUUUGGCUGUGCCCUUUGAAAGAGAGGGCACCGCCCACCUUCCACCCACACACGGGCGAAGUUGAGACGUUGCAGGCGGCCGACGGCAGCGGGAGCAGCACCGUGACGGUGCCCAAGCCGAUGCUCAACAUCGGCCUGUGGGGUUGGGGCCCCUCGAAUCCAGACGAAUUUGUAGCCAAGAACCGCGCGCUUGAACACAAGCUGCGGGAGCUUGGUGGCAUGAAGUGGCUGUAUGCACACACGUACUACACCGAGGAUGAAUUUUGGCAGGCGUAUGACCGCAAGUGGUACGACGAGCUCCGCGCCAAGUAUGACGCCACAACGCUGCCAACCGUGUACAAUAAGGUCAAGGUUGACGUUGACGCGCGCAAAGCGGAACUCAAGAAUUGGCGUCAGGUUAUCAAGUCGAAGCCGCCCAUCGGCGGUUUCUAUGGUAUCUGGAAGGCCAUUCAGAGCAAGGACUACCACCUGCACCGCCAUGCCGAAUGGAAGUACAAGGGCGAUAAAUAA